AUGGCAACCUACCUCUCCUUCCCAAUCCUUGAAGUCCUUGUCAAAUCAGUCGAGGACUCUCCCACCUCCGCAAACGUCGUGAAAGCAGCAGCAUCAGGCAUCCUCAGCCACUACUUCCCCGCAUCCAACGGCUUCGCAAUCGCCCCAGCCUCACAAUCACAAUCACAAUCACAACCGAGCCGAGAUACCCUCACUCUCCGCAUCCAGCGCCAUCGCCAUGGCCCGGGAUAUUCAGCUCCAAACCCAGAUCGCCAAGAACUUGUCGACCACAUCGUCACCAUCGCCAAAGCCGACUAUGACACUGAAACCAACGAGGUUGAAGACUUGUACACUACGUUGAAGGACCUCGAGAAUACUCUCGACCACGCCAACACAGAAUCCGGGAGAUGUUGGGGGUUGAUGGUGUAUGCUACUACUCUUACGUUCUAUGAGUAUCAUCGGGAUUCGCCUGAGGAUCGUCGGCUUGUUUUCAGGGGACCGUACCAUGUGCGCUGUGAUGAUUUUGUGAUUGAUCGGGAGUUGAGAUAUUUGGCGCGGUCUGAUGCUUCGUUUGCUCGGGAUAGUGGGAACAAGUGA